UCUUGUAUUAGUGUUAUCGCUUAUGGAUGGCCAAAGAUCUCAUAUCUUUAACACAUGUUCGAUGGCCCAAGAGUUAAAUAAACCGACAUCACUAAAGAAACCUUUGUCUUCUUACAAAUAUGAUAAAUGUUAUUUGUAACACGUUUUGUAUUAUUAGAGACAGUUACUUGUGGUCCCUAUAGGUGUCGUUUUGUUGUAGUGUUAUCGCUUACGGUUUGCCAAAGAUCUCAUAUCUUUAACACGCGUUGGGUGGCCCCAAGGAUGUAUAUAAUAAACCGAUAUCGCUAAAUCUUCCCAUUGCCAACAGUUAACACUUGAUACACUCACUCACUCACUCACUCACUCACCAUGGUUAAGGAAGAAUUGGGAGAGCUAAACAAAGAUUCUUUUGUCACACUUCUCUCGAAACUCAUAGGAGAAUCCAAGUAUGUACAAAACAAUCCACAGGAGCUGAUCCCGGAGGAGGAUAGGAUCGUCCGCCAUGUUCUUGAUGUCCUCCUCCCUCUUUCCACCACCACGGGUGGCGGCCCCCUCAUCGUCAAUCACAUUACCUACAAACCCAACCGAGGGAAUCUCAUAGUAGAGUACCCUGGAACCGAACCCAACAAGGUCGUUUCGUUUGUUGGCAUGCACAUGGAUGUUGUCACUGCUAAUCCAGAAGAAUGGGAUUUUGAUCCUUUUUCCCUAAGCAUUGAUGGAGACAAGCUUCAAGGGCGUGGAACAACUGAUUGCUUGGGACAUGUCGCCCUUGUAACCGAGCUUAUGAAGACCCUCGGCCAAACAAAGCCGAAGCUUAAAUCCACUGUUGUUGCUGUCUUCAUAGCCUGUGAAGAGAACUCUUCUAUUCAAGGUGUUGGUGUUGAGGAACUUGCAAAAGAUGGAUAUCUUGAUAAGUUAAAAAAUGGACCUCUGUAUUGGAUUGACUCAGCAGAUAAGCAACCUUCCAUUGGUACAGGCGGUAUGAUACCAUGGCACCUUCAUGUUACUGGGAAGCUUUUUCAUAGUGGUCUACCAAACCAGGCUAUUAAUCCUCUUGAGCUAGCAAUGGAGGCGCUUGAAGAGAUCCAAACAAGGUUUUAUAAAGAUUUUCCUCCACACCCUAAGGAACAAGUUUAUGGAUUUGAAGCACCUUCAACCAUGAAACCAACUCAGUGGAGCUAUCCCGGAGGCGGAAUCAAUCAAAUUCCUGGCGAGUGCACCAUUUCAGGAGAUGUUAGGUUGACACCGUUUUACAACGUGUCAGAUGUAAUCAAUAAGUUAAAUGAAUACGUAGAAGAUUUAAACAAAAAUAUUGAGAAGAUUCCUACAAGGGGGCCUGUGUCAAAAUACGUUCUACCGGAUGAGAACCUUAGAGGGAGAAUUGAGAUUUCAUAUGAUGAAGCGUUAUCGGGAAUAGCAAUGGACUUGGAUUCUCGUGGCUACCAUGUGUUGUACCAAGCUACAAAAGAAGUUGUCGGUUAUGUAAAACCCUACUCAAUAACUGGGAGUUUGCCACUUGUACGAGAACUACAAGAUAAAGGUUAUGAUGUUCAAAGUACAGGUUAUGGUCUGACGGCUACAUACCAUGCGGAUAAUGAGUAUUGCCUUCUUUCUGAUAUGGCUCAAGGAUACCUAGUGUUCGCGAGUAUCAUUGCUCAGCUAGAAGAGUGAUUCAACUAUGUUUAGAAGUGGAUAAAAAUAAGUGGAAUCACAGUUACCGGUUUACCAUCUAUGUGUUGACGUAUAAUCCACAUCUUCUACAUGGCUAUAUAUGCUACAUAUUUUAUGUGUGCAUUAAGUGUCUUUUUCAUUAAGGUUAUUUUUUGCUUUGAGUCUUAUUAUUCUAGAAAAGAGUCGUUGGGUAUAACUGGGUAGAGUGGGUAGUUCCUUCUUCGACAUGUUUGUUUUGGUGGGUCAUCAUGUGCUAGUUUUCUUUGUUCCUGCAUGUAUGUGUGAUGUUAUGAAUAAAGUAUCCAGUUCCAACA